AGUAACUUUGAUAUAAUUUGCAAUACUCCAGCAGCAGGAGUCUAACUUGCUGAGCGCUUUACAGUUUACUUCUUGGCCCGCCGGGUCGACCGUGACAAAAUGGCCUUCGCGAGCAGCAGCAUGGCCGCGCUGUCUAGGCCAUUGGCAGCGGUCUCGAGUGGGCUUGGCUCGGCACUGAGCAGGGCCAGCCAGCUCCUGACCUCCGGCAGCCUGUCCUCCUCGCCCACCGCCUCGCACAGCUCCACCCGGCGCUUCAUUUCGGACGGCACGGUCGGCUCCAAGGGCCGGCCCGACAGCCUGUUCCUGUCCGACAUCAGCAUGUCCGGCCACCGCGCUCCGCUGCUGCUGGGCUGGCUCAACUACCUGGAGCGCCACCUGCCGCACGUGGGCUUCUUCGAGCCCAUCGGCGGCCGCGCGCUGGCGGGCAGCGAGCUCAGCGUGGACCGGCACGUGGAGCUCAUGUACCGAGUGUUCAACAUGAAGGGCGACGCCACGCGCAUGACCGGCAUCAGCGACACAGAGGCCGCACAGCUCAUCGCCAGCGGCAAGCAGUCCGAGGUGCUCGACCGCAUCUACGCCGCAUACAUGGCCUACAAGGCCGGCGGGGAGUUGGACUUGUGCCUGGUGGAGGGGCCGGGGCCGCUCAUGGGCGGCACGGAGCUGGACGCACAGAUCGCGGCCGCCCUGAACGCGCCAGUGCUCAUGGCUAUGAGCGGGCGGCCCAACGCCACAGCCAAUGACUACUACAACAAAGCGAUGGUGAAGCGGCAGGUGUUUGCGGACCACAAGGUCGACGUGCUGGGAGUGGUCAUCAACGGGCUCCCCCGCGAGCACCACGCCAUCUUGUCCUCCCAGCUGCGCGACAAGCUGGAGCGGGCGGGGCUGCCCUUUGCGGGCGCGCUGCCCGAGGACCCCGUGCUGUCCAGCGUGCGUCUGGACGAGGUGCGCACGGCACUGGGCGCCACGCAGCUGUACGGCGAGACCUGGCUGGGGGACGUGGAGUUCGAUGAGGUGGUGGUGGGCUCUCAGCGCCUGGAGGAGCUGCUGGAGACGCUGGUGGAGCGCCCCAUGGGCAGGCCGCUGGUGGUGACCUCUGCGGACCGGCUGGACAUCGUGCUGGGGCUGCUGGCGGCGCAGCUGUCGGUGCGGGGGCCCAGUGUGGCGGGCGUGCUGCUCACACAGGCGGGCGCCAGCCGCAUCACCCGCAGCUACGCCAAGUCAGCGGUGGACAACAUCUUCGCCGGCCUGUCCAACAACACCGGCGCCUCGGGCGGCGGCCCGGACGGCGCCGCCGCCGCCAACGGCUCGGCGCAGGGCUCUCUGUACCGCGGCGCCCUGCUGCCUGUGCUGAGCACCGACAAACACCUGGCGGAGGCGCUGGCGGUGAUCGGGCGCAUGGACGCCUCCAUCCUGCCCACCUCCAUCCGCAAGGUCACGCAGUGCAAGAUGCUGUUUGACAAGUACAUCGACGCCAACGCGGUUGUGACGGGGCUGCAGAAGAGCCGGCCCACACGCGUGACGCCUAAGAUGUUCCAGCACACCAUGAAGGCCAUGUGCCGCGCCAGCCCCCAGCACAUCGUGCUGCCCGAGUCGGUGGACAAGCGCGUGCUGGCGGCGGCGGCGGACGUGACGGCGCGCGGCCUGGCGCGGGUCACGCUGCUGGGAGACCCCACCACCGUGCAGGCCGAGGCCAAGAAGCUGGGACUGGACCUGUCGGGCUGCCACAUCCAUAACCCCAACUCCUCGGACCGGUUUGACAAGUACGUGGACAUGCUGGUGGAGGCGAGGAAGAAGAAGGGCAUGACGCGCGAGGCGGCGGCGGACACGCUGCAUGGCGACAUCAACUUCUUCGGCACCAUGAUGGUGGCUGCGGGCGACGCCGACGGCAUGGUGUCGGGCGCCAUCCACACCACCGCCUCCACCAUCCGCCCGGCGCUGCAGAUGCUCAAGAACCCCGCCUCUAGCCUCGUGUCCUCCAUCUUCUUCAUGUGCCUGCCCGACCGGGUGCUGGUGUACGGCGACUGCGCGGUCAACGUGAGCCCCUCCGCCGCCGACCUGGCCGCCAUAGCCACCACCAGCGCCGACACCGCCGCCGCCUUCGGCAUCGAGCCGCGCGUGGCCAUGCUGUCCUACUCCACCCUGGGAUCCGGGGCCGGACCCGACGUCCAGAAGGUGACUGAGGCUGUGGCGCUGGUGAAGCAGCAGCGGCAGGACAUCAAGGUGGAGGGACCCAUCCAGUACGACGCCGCCAUUGACCCCGCCGUGGCGGCCGUGAAGGUCAAGGGCGGCAGCGAGGUGGCGGGCCGCGCCACUGUGUUCGUGUUCCCGGACCUCAACACAGGCAACAACACGUACAAGGCGGUGCAGCAGUCCACGGGCGCCAUCGCGAUGGGCCCCGUCAUGCAGGGCCUGCUCAAGCCGGUGAACGACCUGUCCCGCGGCUGCACGGUGCCCGACAUCGUCAACACCAUCUGCGUCACCUCCAUCCAGGCCAUGCAGUUCAAGCAGCGCACCCAGGCCGCGGUGGCGGCGGCAGCAGCGCCCAAGUAGAGAGGAAUGGAGCGGCGCGUCGGGGCACGGCACACGAGAGAUGUGGGAGAUGGGUGAAGGGGAGGAGCAGCAGCUACGACAGGCAGCAGCAUUACGCGGGCUUGUGGGCGCAAAGGGAUGCGCAUGCUUGGGGCCGGCUUGACGGUUCACGUAUGCUAGGACGCAGGAAGGUUGACGAGUUGGAGUGGGUUUGAGUCGACCGAUGUCCGGCGGGGGUGACAGGAGAUGUGCAAUGAUACGAAUAUGGCUUAACAACAUGAAUGAUCCCUGCACACAGUCAGGGGAGGGGAGACACAGCGUGUCUGCGUGUGUGGGUGUGUGUGCGAGAAUGCAUUGGGGCACACCAGUCCCCAUCUUUGCACGUAGCAUGAGCAAUACAUCAUAGUACAAGGGCCAUGGGUCCAGAUUUCUUUGCCGUUGCGCACAGUUGCAGUCCAAGCAUAAAAUUUUGCAUGUUUGUCUGACAGGGCGUUGCUAGGCCCGUGAGGCAAGCGUCAUUGGGGUAGCUGAGGAGGGUGGCCCUUAGCCCUUUGGUGGAGGGCUUGGGCCGACGGCCCAGGGCGCAGGCGGUUGAGGGCCGCUGCCGCUGCCAUGUAAGGACAAGAGUCGUGCUCGGCACCCAAUGCACACCCAAUUCACUUUGCUACGUUCCAGUCUGGCCCGCAACUCCGCAAGCGGCGGGCCGGGUGGAGCACUCGAGCACAGCGAUCUCGCGUUGAAGUACUUGGCUGAUGCGCUGGAUCGCCCUUGAUGCGCGCUUUGUUGCAUGAGCUACUCGCUCUCAAUUGAUC